AUGCGGCCCCGGCCCCGGGCGGCGGCCGCGGCCCCACAGGCGGGCAGCGCUUACCUUCGGCGGCGGCGGCUCCGGGGGGGUUUCCGAAGGUUCUCCUCCGGUUCUCCUCCGGUUCUCCUCCGGUUCUCCUCACGCUCCCCUCACGCUCCCGCCCUCAGCGCUCCAUGGCCCCGGCGCUGGCGGCGGAGCGGCGGCCGCGCUUCCCCAGCGCUGCGGAGCGAGCGGGGCCGGCCCCGCGGGGAGCGCCGGCGGCUCGGCUCGCCUCGGCUGCUCGCCUGCCUUCCCUUCGCUCCCCGCUCCUCUCCUUCCCUUCCUUUCCCGCUCCUUCCCUUCGCCUUCCCUUCCUUUGCCUUUCCGCCCCUUCCUUUCCCUCGCCUUCCCCGCCUGCUCCUCUCCGCUCUGCUCCCUCCUUCCCCUUCCCUCAGCGCUCGGCUCCGCUCUCCCCUCCCGGUUCCGUCCGUCCCGCCCCGCUCCGUCCGUCCCUCCCCCGCCGCAGCCCCGGCCCCGGGUCCUCCCCGGCCGGGUUUGGGCCGAGGCGAGCUCCGGGAGCGGCUCUGCAGCAAAUCCAGCCAAAUUCCAGCCUGGAUGGGGCUGGCAGCAGCCGGGGCUAGGGCAGAGCAGGAGAGAGGAAGCAGCUGGUGGUGGUUGGAGAACUCUCCCUGGGGAAUGUUGCCUGGAGCAGAGGACACGCCACACCCGGGGGAAGCCGCAGCGAUUUGUGACUGUAGCCUCUGAAAAGUGAACAGAAGGCUGCUGUGUUGGGAUUCUUGCUCAAGUCCCAUCCCAUGGCCCAAUAUCCCACAGGCCCACAGGCCAGACCACAGCAGAUUUUGAUAAACCACUCUUUAUGCAAUAAAAGAACAAUAUUGAA